AUAUAUUUAGUUGCUGCAACUCUGCAACUGAACAAAAGCAGGUUCAAUAAUGGAAGCAAUUGCAGGAGAGAUUUUGGUGGUGCCAUUUUUUGGGCAAGGCCACCUCUUCCCUAGCAUGGAGCUUUGCAGGAAAUUCUCUUCUUUCAACUACAAAUCCACUCUUCUCAUCCCCUCUCAUCUCUCCUCCUCCGUCCCCUCCGAUCUGCGCCGCCAUUCUUCUGUACAAGUCGUUGAAAUCUCGGCCGCCUCGCUUCCACCUCCGCCCCCGCCGGAGAUGAAUGCACCGCCGCCGCACCCAUUUCGUCAAGACCAACAACGGUUGGGGGGUGGGAUUGAGAGUUUCUUGGCCGAGAGGUAUGGCGGCGCGGCCGUGACCCGACCCGAUUGCGUGGUGGUUGACGUGAUGAUGAGCUGGAGCAAGGAGAUCUUCGCCGGAAUGGGAAUACCCAUAGUCUCGUUUUUCACUUGCGGUGCCUGCUCCGCCGCCAUGGAAUUCGCCGCCUGGAAGAAUAAGGCCGACGAGUUGAAGCCGGGCGAGACCCGAUUUCUUCCCGGGUUGCCCCAACAUAUGGCUCUGACCCAUUCCGAGACGCAGAGGCGCCACCGUCACGCUCCUCCUCCUCACCUUCACCGUGGUAAUGGAUUCGUAAGGCCCGGUCCAAAUGGACCGGGCGGUCCACGUGGACCGGGUCGUAGACCGCAUUGGUUGGAUGGGGUGGAGUCCUCAAUCGCGGUUCUAAUUAACACCUGCGAUGAUCUUGAGCGUCCAUUCAUCGAAUAUUUAUCAAACCAGAUUCAGAAACCCAUCUGGGGAGUUGGGCCGUCGCUGCCGGCUCAGUUUUGGGAAUCAGCCGGUUCAAUCCUCCAUGACCACCAGGUUCGGUCGUCGAACCGGAGCUCCAAUUUCACCGAAGAAGAGGUGGUUCAAUGGCUGAACUCAAAGCCAGACCGGUCAGUAAUUUAUGUGUCAUUCGGAAGUGAAGUUGCACCCACCAUGGAAGAAUCUGAAGAGCUAGCAAAUGCACUAGAAGAAUCAAACCGGCCAUUCAUUUGGGUUAUUCAACCGGGUUCAGGUAAACCCGGUCCACCCGCCAGUCUAUUCGGCGACAAAACUCCCGGUUCAGAUCCAGCAGAUGAGGGUUACUAUCCCCACGGUUUACAAGAAAGAAUUGGGAAUAAAGGUUUGAUCAUCAAGGGAUGGGCACCCCAGCUAUUAAUCUUAAGCCACCCCUCCACGGGAGGGUUUUUAUCGCAUUGUGGAUGGAAUUCAACACUGGAAUCCAUAGGACGAGGAGUUCCGAUUCUGGCAUGGCCAAUUAGAGGCGAUCAGUUUUUCGAUGCAAAAUUAAUCGCCAAUCAUUUAAAAGUCGGGCACAUACCUUUUAGCGACAAAGAUGUAACCGAGACGGUGAAGAAAGAUGAAAUAGUUCGAGGAAUUGAUAAAUUGAUGAGUGAUGAAGAGGUUCAUAGUAGAGCCAUGGCAUUGAAAUCAAAAUUUGAGGUUGGUUUUCCUGAGAGCUCAACCACUUCUAUCAACUCUUUCAUAAAGCUUGUAGCCAAAUAGGUGCUGCUUCAAGCCUUUCUAUGGUUGGAUUUGUCUCAUGAAGAGUUACAAUUACUUGUACGAAAUAUUUGAUUUCAGUUUAGGAAAAAGAUGUAUU